AUGGAGGCAAUAGUUUUGUACCCAGCACCUCUGAUAGGUCACUUGGUCUCCACCAUAGAACUAUGCAAACUCAUACUCACUCACAACCCCUCCCUCUCCAUUCACAUCCUCAUAACCAUAGCACCCUAUGACACAUCCUCCACUUCCCACUACAUCUCCACCGUCUCCACCACCCUACCUUCCAUCACCUUCCACAACCUCCCCACUUUCCAACUCCCUCCAACCCUUCUCUCCUCCUCACUCAACCACGAAGCCCUCUUGUUCCACCUCCUCCACCACAACCACCCUCACAUCCACCAAACCCUCCUUUCCAUCUCCAAAACCCACACCAUCCAAGCCCUCAUCUUAGACAUAUUUUGCUCCCAAUCUAUUUCCAUUGCUUCACAACUCAAUCUCCCUGCCUAUAUUUUUUGCUCUGCAAGUGCUUCAACCUUCGCCUCUUUUCUUUAUCUGCCCACACUCCAUCACACCUAUGAUAAGUGCUUCAAAGAACUCAACUCCUUCCUUGACAUCCCCGGUGUCCCACCAAUGCCAUCGCGGGAUAUGCCGAAACCUUUGCUUGAUCGCAACGAUGAGGCCUACCAAUACUUCCUAAAUUGUGGUCUUGCUGGACCCAAAGCCGCAGGGUUUAUUAUUAACACAUUCGAAGCUCUUGAACCAAGUAGCAUCAAAGCAAUUUCUGGAGGUUUAUGCUUACCAAAUUCUCCAACAUCGCCCCUUUAUUGUUUGGGUCCUAUAGUAACCACCACGGACAAAAAGACCACCAGUGACCAUGAAUGUUUGAGGUGGCUGGACUCACAACCUAGCAAGAGUGUCGUCUUUCUGUGUUUUGGAAGUUUGGGUGUGUUUUCUAAAGAGCAACUGUGUGAAAUCGCUAUUGGGUUGGAGAAAAGUGCAGUAAGGUUUUUGUGGGUUGUGCGUAAACCCGUUACUGAUCAAAAGCAUAAUCUUGCUUUGGGUUUACAAGAGGACCCGGAGUUGGAUUCGUUGCUACCGGAGGGUUUCUUGAAUAGGACCAAAGAAAAGGGCUUUGUGGUUAAAAACUGGGUCCCACAAGUAGAGGUGUUGAAGCAUGACUCGGUGGGUGGGUUUGUGAGUCACUGUGGGUGGAACUCGGUGCUUGAAGCGGUGUGUGCUGGGGUGCCACUGAUUGCGUGGCCACUCUACGCGGAGCAAAGGUUCAACAGGGUGGUGUUGGUAGAGGAAAUGGAGGUUGCACUGUGGAUGCAUGAGUCUGAGUCGGGUUUUGUGGCGGCGACUGAGGUGGAGGAGCGAGUGAAUGAGUUGAUGAAAUCGGGGAGAGGGAAGCGAGUUAGGAACCGAGUCAUGGUUCUGAAGUUUGAAGCCAAAGCUUCACUUCUAGAAGAUGGGCCUUCACGCGUGGCAUUACACAAACUCCUCAACGCAUGGAAGAACCAAGUGAACGAAGACAAAGUUCACUUGAAUAUUAUUUAA